UGCCACCCCAUCUACAUUUUUGCCAGGAAGAAAGGCAUCCCCUUUGAGCUAUGGCCAAUGGAGCUGACAAGGGGGAGCACCUGAAGCCCAAGUUCCUGAAAGUGAACCCCCUGGGGAAGGUGCCUGCCUUCAGGGAUGGAGACUACCUGCUGGCUGAGAGCCCACUGCCAUCAGCUGUGACCUCUUUGAAGACUGGCCCCAGCUGCCAACAGAGCAGACACACGUACAAGCUGCCCUGGGUUCCAAGCUUGUCCAGGAGGCCCACAACCUUGUACUCCAGCCUUGGGACACCUGUGAGGCCCUGCAGGACCCCCAGCUGGCCCAGAAGCUGGUGUAGCAGCUGCAGGAACAGCUCCACUGAGUGGGUGCAGCUGGCUCAUCUGUACUCUGCUGUCUGCAAUAAACACAUUGUGUCCCUUCCACUUGUCUCCAGCCUCACUCUGUCCCCAGGAAGCACGAGUCUCAGCAUGGUCCUGGAGCUCUACAUGGACCUGCUGUCGGCACCCUGCCGCGCUGUCUACAUCUUCGCCAGGAAGAACGGCAUCCCCUUCGACUUCCAGUUUGUGGAUCUGCUGAAAGGCCACCACCACAGCAGGGAAUACAUCGAGAUCAACCCUCUGAGGAAGCUGCCCAGCCUCAAAGAUGGAAAUUUCAUCUUGUCCGAAAG